GAUCCAAUUAUAAGUUCUCCAUGUAUAUACGAGUGUGUGCGUGUGUAUGCAAACUAAACUAUACCUUGAUGACAGAGAAAAGGAAAAUUUUGAUGGCAAUACAUGUAGAGAAUUGAUUCCCCUUCUCUAAUUAUUAAAGAUUUGGUGAAAUGGAGAAAGGAGGAAAGAAAAUCUGAAUUCUGAAAAUAGCGAAAUCAGUUUUCAUCCCCACAGUAUAUUACUUACGCUUUCUAGCAUCAGCUCCACCUUCGUCUAUUAUCCUGUUCGAGAGGACACCAAUGCUAAAAAAGGGAGGGAGAAAGCCAUGAUAAACUGCAUAAGGUGUUGCAUCUCUUGCAUCCUCCCAUGUGGGGCUCUCGACGUCAUUCGCAUAGUGCACUCCAAUGGCCGAGUUGAGGAAAUCACAGGCACCAUCAAGGCCAGAGAUGUCAUGAAGGCACACCCCAAACACGUCCUAAAAAAGCCCUGCUCCGCCAUACCAGCCGCCGACGGCGGCAACGCCACUGCUGUCCACAAGAUCGUGGUGGUGCCACCCGAUGCAGAGCUCCAACGUGGGAAGAUUUACUUCCUGAUGCCACUCCCUCCCUCUCCUCCUCCUCCACCGGAGAAGAACCAGCAGAGAAGGAGGAAGAAGAAGGAGCAGAGAGAGAGAAGUAGGAACAACACCAACGUCUCUGUAACGAUGACUAGCUUGCUUGUCUCUGAUCGCUACUUGACUGAUAUACUCUCAGAGAAAGCGUCAACGCAAAGAGACAGAAGAAGAGGACGUGUUGCAGUGUGGAGACCUCACUUGGAGAGCAUUUCUGAGUCACCUUCUGAUCUGUAACACUUCUUCUUCUUUGCCUACGGGCUAUGUUUGUCAUGUCUAUAUAGUUAUAAUCCUCGUCUUAUAGGCUUCCAACCCAAUUUCUUUUAAAAAAAAUAUAAUUUUCUUCUUCUUCCUCUUUUUCUGUUUUACUUUGCUUCUGCAAAGGCUGCUGUGUACAUAGGUUGUCCAUAUCAAUAUGGGGAUUGUUAAUGAGUUCGAGAGUUGAAGUUAUGGUAGACCAUAAUUGGGUAUGUUUUGUACAAGAUUUUAAAAAACCAUUUGUGACCAUGAUUUCAGUCACAACAUAAAGGUUUUCGA